ACUUAUUGCUACAGAUGUAUUUGACUUUAUUAAUAGGUAAUAUUAACGUAUUUGUCAGCUGUAACAUUUAAUCGCAAUUAACUCAGGUUUUUUUUUAACUGCGAAAUAACAAAUUUUUAUGAAAAACAAACUAAGAACGAAACAAUCACAAUGUCAUUCGAAAUCGUUUUUUGUUUAAUAACUAUCGUAUGUUUUUCCACCACCUAUGCUUCGAGCUGGGCUGAACUGAAGGUGCCUGUACCACCUCCAUCCUCCCAAUUGAUCGACGAAAAAGCUCUUUUGGUUGUGAAUAGCCUAAUCAGCGCCACAGUCGACAACGAAAAUUCCCCAUUCACCUUUCCAUAUAGAUUUCCAUUUUCGGUGGAACAAGACGUAACUUUUGAAUUAUACACACCGAAAAAUCCCAAAGUAGUUCAAGCUUUAAAAUUGGAUGAUGUAAUAAUGGCAAAAAAUUCAAAUUUUGAUUCGAAAAUCCCAACAAGAAUGUUGAUCAAUGGCUGGCUCUCCGAUGGUAAAAUAUUUCAAAAAUUUACGGACUCUUAUCUUGUGGAUGGUCAAUAUAAGGUCAAUCUAAUAGUGGUAAAGUGGCAAAAAGAAUCAUACGAUAUUAACUAUUUUUGUGCUCGUCGGCGUGUUAACGGAGUGGGCGAAUAUGUUGCUCGAUUUAUUGAUUUUAUGUCAAAACAAUUAGCGAUGGAUGUUUCUACUUUGACCAUUAUUGGACAAUCGCUUGGUGCUCAUGUGGCGGGUAUAGCUGGAAAAAAGGUUACUGGAAAUAAGGUAGGCAAAAUAGUCGCGCUGGACCCUGCAUUGCCAUCUUUUAAAUUUAGAGACGUUGAAAAUCGACUGGCCAAAACAGAUGCGUCAUACGUUGAGGUUAUUUAUACUUGUUCCGGCAAACUGGGACACACUGAGCCCCUUGGGCAUGCAAAUUUUUAUCCAAACGGUGGAAGAUUUCAACCAGGUUGUGGAUGGGAUAUGCUUGGCACCUGUGCUCAUUCUAGAUCAUGGCACUUCUUUUUCGAAAGUGUGGUUUCGCCUCAAUUUUUUGCAUUUGAAUGCGAUUCAAUGGCAACAUUUCGAAAGGGAAAUUGUUCGGUGAUAAAUAAUAUUGUGCAAAUGGGCGGUGAACCAGGACACUUUGGCGGUGUAAAUGGAAUAUUUUAUCUGCAAACCAAUGGUGAACCACUGUUUGGAAAAGGCCGUGAAGGAAUGUUUGAACAAUUAAAAACAGCAAAGUUGAAUAUUUCCAUGGAAUCGGUAUCGCUGAAGAUAUCAAAUGAUGCACUUUCGACAGCGUUUUUGCAUGCAGAUCAACUAUUUUCACAGGUGGGUAGUGGAUACGAUACAGUCAAUUUUUCGAUCACCUAUGCUGAGAGCUGUGCUGAAUUGCACGUGUCUAUUCCACCGCCAUCAAAGCAAUUAAUUGACCCCAAUAUGCUUACCUAUGCAAAAGAUGUAUUCAAGACUCAAGCAAAAAAUGAUGAGAGUACGGAAAAUAAGACGUGUACAUCAUUUUUGGCAGAAAGAGAUGUAAUUUUCGAGCUAUUUACACCUAAAAAUCCAACAGAACCGCAAAUUUUAAAAUUAAACGAUGUUAGUACCGCAAAAGCUUCAAAUUUCAUUCGAAAAUUUCCAACAAGAAUGUUAAUCCACGGUUGGCAAUGUCGUGGUCAGUUGACAAAAAAAUUUACCGCCGCAUAUUUCAUAAAAGGUGCACAUAAAGUCAAUUUUAUAGCGGUAAAUUGGCGAAAGGGUUCGAAUGAUUUCAAUUACUUCUGUUCGCGUCAACGUGUUAACGAAGUGGGCGCAUAUGUUGCCCGAUUUAUUGAUUUUUUGGCAAACCAACUCUGGGUAAAUGUUGGUGCUUUAACCAUCAUUGGACACUCUUUGGGUGCUCACAUUUCAGGACUAUCUGCAAAAAAAGCAAACCGAAAAGUUGGUAAAAUAGUGGGAUUGGACCCAGCUUUACCAACUUUCAAGUAUGAAGAGGCCGAAAAUCGACUUGCCGACACAGACGCAUCGUAUGUUGAAGCCAUUUAUACCUGUAGUGGGAAAUUGGGUCACAUUGAGCCACUCGCAAAUGCAAAUUUUUAUCCAAACGGAGGCGUUGUUCAACCAGGUUGUAUAAUGGACGUGCUUGGAAUUUUUGCUCAUUCUCGGGCAUGGGAGUUUUAUGUCGAAAGUAUUAAUAGACCAGAAUUUUAUGCCUUUGAAUGUGAUUCACUUGAAAAUUUGCGAAAAGGUACUUGUUCAGUGGUAAAUAAGAUCGUGAAAAUGGGUGGCGAACCGGGUAACAGGAAUUUAAAAGGAAUAUUUUAUUUGGACACAAAUGAUCAAUCGUUUUUCGCAAAAGGUCGCCAAGGAUUGUAUAAGGCAUUGGAGACAAUCCUCAAUUCAUCAGUCAUCGAUGGGAAAAUCUGGGCUGAAUUGAAAGUACCUGUGCCUCCACCAUCGGUCCAAUUGCUCGACACUAGUAGUCUUACAAAAAUAAAAGAUCUGAUUAAAUCUUUUAGAGACAAUACUGAAACUUCAUCAAAUACGACAUGUUCAUUCUUCAUCGCAGAGAGAGAUGUGAUUUUUGAAUUAUUCACACAGAAAAAUCCAACAGAGGCGCACAUUUUAAAAUUGGACGAUGUCAAUACAGUGAAGAAAUCAAAUUUUGCUAAGACAAUUUCAACGAGAAUAUUAAUUCACGGCUGGCUCUCAGACGGUCAGCUAACAUCAGAUUUUGCAAACGCAUAUUUUGUACGAGGCAAAAAGAAAGUUAAUUUGAUAGCAGUGAAUUGGCAAAAAGGAUCGAACGAUAUCAACUAUUUCUGUGCUCGCCGUCGUGUCAAUGAAGUAGGCGCUUAUGUUGCUCGAUUUAUCGAUUUUAUGAGGAACAAGUUUUUGAUGAACGUUUCUACGUUAACUAUUGUGGGACAUAGUUUAGGCGCUCAUAUUUCUGGUAUUGCUGGAAAGAAGACAACCAGAAAAGUGGGAAAGAUAGUGGGAUUAGAUCCGGCUGCGCCCGCAUUUAAAUUUGAGGAGGUCGAAAAUCGAUUGGCCGACAUAGACGCUUCGUACGUUGAAGCCAUUUAUACAUGCGCUGGUAAGCUGGGACACAUUGAGCUACUCGGAAAUGCAAAUUUUUAUCCAAACGGAGGCCGAUUUCAACCAGGUUGUGGAUUCGAUUUUUUUGGAAUAUGUGCUCAUGCUAGAUCAUAUGAGUUUUAUAUUGAAAGCAUUGUUACACCACAAUUUUUUGCAUUCCAAUGUGACUCAUUUGAAAAUUUUCGAAAUGGAAAUUGUUCGGCGGUAAAUAAGGUCGUGAAAAUGGGCGGUGAUCCAGGUAACCACAGGGGUUUGAAAGGUGUUUUCUAUCUGCGCACGAAUGACGCACCUGAUUUUGGAAAAGGUCGACAAGGAAUAAUGGAUGCAUUAGAAACUGCAGAGAUGAACAUUUCUAUGAAAUUGGCUUCGCUGAAAAUACCGAAAUAAAAAUCAGAUGUGAUGUGCUUUAUCACCUUCACACGCCAAAUGUAGACAUACAGAUUUACCGGCAUUAAAAUUGUAAUGUUUGUAAUAGCUACUACAAUUGUAUUAGAUAUUACUGUAAUGCUACAAAUCUGACAUUACAAU